GUUUCGUACCUGUUUGUAUUUUUAUACAGUGAAUUUUAAUGAAUUUUUUUUGUAAAAUGGAGUCGACAUUUGUAGUUGUUAUCCUUUUCUCCCUCAACCUUUUCCCAAGUACAUUGUGCCAAUUUGCCCCCACAAAUUUUCAAAGACAGAAGUUGAAUAAUUAUGAUACUAGAUUUGUGGCAGCUAGUAGAGGUGACCCACCACCAUGCGACGUCAAACCUGGAGAGACCUAUUGUGAGACUUUAAAACAUUACCCAUAUGACAUGAUAAUAGACGCAAUAAGAAAUUCGAAAAUUGAUGUUAGUAGACUACUGGUAGAUGAAUCCUAUGACAAUGCGCCAAAUUUUGGAUUUGUGAAAACUGGCUCUAAGGUGGUGACUGAAAAAAUUCUGCCUGACGCUAACUUUUUUGAAAGUUUGAGAAGGAAUCAAAGAAGUAAUUCAGCAAACCAAACUCUUUUAUCACGUGAUACAAGACAGUCCACCAAUGGGAUGAGCAUUCCUACAUGCAAAUACACUACCAGAUAUAUUUACCCACAAGCAGCGAUGUGCGUCAGUACUAGAGAAUGGAUGUACGUUGUCAAUUUGAGAGAAUUCGGUGUAGAUAAAUUUUCUCAGCUGAUUAAAACUGAAGUUUGUGAUGCAGAUGCUGUAGGAAAGCCUUGCAUGGGUGACUAUAUAAGCUCCAAUCUGCCAUUUGCAACGACAUCAGUUUGUGAGCAACAUUAUCUUCAAAAAAGACUUAUAGCAAUAUCAACUAAGGAUACAACUAUCGUUUCUGAGAUGUUCUGGUUGCCAACCUGUUGCAUUUGUAGAACGUUUAGAAUAUUAUUGUAAUGGACUUCACAAAUGACUAAGCUACAAAAUAAAUAAGAGUUGUAAAAUUGUUUCAAUUGUUAAUCUAUUAGUUAAUGUGCAAUGUAGACAUACUUACUAAACAUUUUUGAGUAUUUUUAAAUAAUGUAUUUUUU